AGGAGAGACAGACGAAGAGGCGAUUGAUCAGCUCCAGAAGGAACGGGAUAUGCUGGAUCACAGCAUGGCUGGUAUGGCCGCUUUCUCGCCUUCUAAACCUGAUUUCGCUGGAGCUGGGAGCCGUAUCAUCGCACGUCCAAGUGACCCUCCUCCAGAAGCACCUGGAAUGCUCCGUAUUUCCAACGGCGGCGGAAUGUUGUCUGAGAGUUUGAGGAGCGACUUUUCGAUCAAUGAUUUCCCCAGUCCACCCGGCUCACUCUCCAACCGAUCGACAGGGGAGACGACACCUCCCGACACAACCACCGCCGCUACCACUGUCGAUACACUGCUCUCUCAAAUGAAGCCAAGUCCCAGUACCAAUCAAUCGGUGUCACCAAUCCCCACGGAGGUUGUGGAAGAUGUUCAAUUCGCCAUGGUCAGGCCCAGAAUCCCUGCUUCUUACCAACGAAGGCGGGCGAGCUUCCCCUCAGUAGUACGAGAGAGCGCCACUUCGAGCAAUGAUGGGAUGUUCAGGAUUAUUUCUGCCUAUGCGGAAUCGGAAGAUGAUCUUGGUGGGAAACGAGUUCGAAUGAGCAGUGCCAAUAAUCGACUGGAUGUCACUUCGUUCAUCGGAGGCUUCCCUCCUCGGGACCUCUUCCAAGGAAGAAACGAUUCUGUCGACUAUAGACUCUCGCCUCUGCCAGAAGAUACCACUCCGCGAGGCUCGGCUGAAAUAAUCGACAUGAGACUCAAGACACCCAGUAUCGUACCUGCCAUCGCCAUCAGUACCAGUGAAACAGCUAGUGUCGAAACGGGCAGGACGAGGAAAGUCUCCUUUGCUCCGGCAUCCUACGAGCCAGUCAGCCGUCCCAAACUCCGGAUCCCUCCAGCUGCACCUGCGAACACGCUCCCAUCCAGCCCUCGUCCAGGUGGUGGCAGCCCAUCUGCAAGUCCCAAGCCGUUUGGUAACUUUAAACCGGCAACCCCCUCGCCCUUGACCAAGACGAGUUUUGGACCGAGUGGCGUGCCCAAUGCAACAGUUCCCCUCCGGAGAGCUGGUUCGGCCAGAGCAUAUGUUGGCGGCGGUAAUUCAAGGCCAGUCAUAACCGGACCGUUCCCACUGCGAAGUGCAGAGAAUACCGAGAACGAUUACACCGUUCCUCGAAGGGCUCCAUUGGUUAGGACCCAACGAUUCCUCUAG